AUGGUCAAGGUUCUCGUCUUAUUUUACAGUACUUAUAGACACUUGUGGCAAAUGGCUGAAGCAAUUGCUGAGGGUGCCCGACAAGUCGAAGGUGCUGAGGUUCAUGUGAAGAGAGUUCCAGAAACAUUGCCAGCUGAAGUUUUGGAGAAGAUGGGUGCCAUUCAAGCACAAAAGGCUUUUGAACACGUUCCUAUUGCCUCUGUGAGUGAACUCCCAGAAUAUGACGCCAUCAUCUUUGGAAGCCCAACUCGUUUCGGAACCAUGUCUGCUCAACUCAAGUCCUUCAUUGAUGCUUGUGGUCAACUCUGGGCAAAGGGUGCUCUUGUUGGAAAAGUUGGAUCUUUCUUCUCAUCAAGUAAUACUCAACAUGGUGGAAAUGAAACGACCAUUUUGAGUGCCAUUCCAAAUUUGUUGCAUUUAGGAUUUGUCUAUGUAGGUCUUCCUUAUAGUUGUACUCUUCAAUCAGGUGUGGAUGAAGUGAAGGGAGGAAGUCCAUAUGGUGCUACAACGAUUGCUGGCUCCAUGGGAGAACGCCUUCCAUCUUCACAAGAGAAAGAAAUGGCCAAAUUCCAAGGCAAUCAUGUGGCUCAAAUUGCAAACAAGUUGGCCAAGUAA